CCCGUGAGCCGACACCAAAAGGCAAAAGCCAACGCCGUUAGCGGAAAAGUCCUCACUAAUAAACGGGAAAACAUUUUCCUCCUUUCUGCGGAACCAUGGAGGAGGAGAAAGCUGCCGUUUCCGUCACCGUCACCGUCGUCGCGCAGAGCUUAAUCGAUGUGGUGAACGAGAUUGCGUCUGUUUCCGAUUACCGCACGACGGUGAAGAAGCUAUGCAGCAACCUAGCUAGGAGGUUGAAGCUGCUUGUUCCGAUGUUCGAGGAGAUCAGAGAGAGCAACGAUCUCAUCAUGAGUGAAGAUACACUGGGGACGUUGGUCUCCUUGAGAGAAGCCUUGUCCUCGGCCAAGGAUCAUCUCAAGUUCUGCAGCGGAGGGAGCAAGAUCUAUCUGGUGAUGGAGAAGGAACAAGUGACGAGUAAGUUGCUGGAGGUUUCAGUUCAGCUUGAACAAUCUUUAAGUAAGAUUCCUUUUGAGGAUCUUGACAUAUCUGAUGAAGUUAAAGAACAGGUUGAGCUGGUUCUGAGUCAGUUUCGGCGAGCGAAAGGAAGAGUAGAUGCAUCAGACGAUGAACUAUAUCAAGACCUUCAGUCACUGUGUACCAAAAGCAGCGAUGUGGAUGAUGAUUAUCAGGUUGCGCUGCAGCGGGUUGCGAAGAAGUUACAGCUCAUGGAGAUUCCUGACCUAGCUCAAGAAUCAGUGGCUCUGCACGAAAUGGUUGCUUUGAGCGGUGGGGGAGACGCUGAGGAGAUGACAAUGGUGCUGAAGCGGAUUAAGGAUUUUGUGCAGAUGGAGAGUGACAACAACAGCGAGGACCAGAAAGUAGGUGUCAUCAACUCGAGUAGUAGCAAUGGACAAACUUCCACGGCUGUGAGUCAGAAGAUACCCGUGGUUCCCGAUGAUUUUCGCUGUCCGAUAUCUCUGGAGAUGAUGAGAGAUCCAGUUAUUGUUUCAACAGGGCAGACCUAUGAACGCACCUGCAUUGAGAAGUGGAUAGAAGCUGGGCAUUCGACAUGUCCAAAAACACAGCAAGCGCUGACAAGCACAACCCUCACACCUAACUAUGUCCUCCGUAGUCUCAUAGCUCAGUGGUGCGAGGCCAAUGAUAUUGAGCCUCCAAAACCUCCCAGCAGUUUUAGGCCCCGGAAAGUAUCCUCCUUCUCCUCCCCAGCAGAAGCCAACAAGAUCGAAGAUCUUAUGUGGAGACUGGCUUACGGAAACCCAGAGGACCAGAGAUCCGCAGCUGGGGAGAUCCGCCUCCUCGCGAAACGAAACGCAGACAACCGUGUGGCCAUAGCCGAAGCUGGAGCCAUACCUCUUCUCGUUGGCCUCCUCGCAACUCCUGAUUCUCGUAUCCAAGAACAUUCCGUGACAGCUCUUCUAAACCUCUCCAUAUGUGAGAACAACAAGGGAGCCAUUGUCUCUGCUGGAGCCAUCCCUGGGAUAGUUCAAGUGCUCAAGAAAGGAAGCAUGGAGGCUAGAGAGAAUGCUGCUGCUACCCUCUUCAGUCUCUCGGUGAUUGACGAAAACAAAGUGACCAUCGGUGUCUUGGGAGCGAUCCCGCCGCUCGUCGUGCUGCUUAAUGAAGGCACGCAGAGAGGAAAGAAAGACGCUGCUACUGCACUUUUCAACCUCUGCAUUUACCAAGGAAACAAAGGAAAAGCCAUACGAGCAGGAGUGGUUCCCACCUUGACUAGACUCUUAACAGAGCCCGGGAGCGGGAUGGUCGACGAGGCGCUGGCGAUUCUGGCCAUUCUCUCGAGCCAUCCCGAAGGGAAAGCGAUCAUAGGGUCAUUGGACGCAGUCCCGAGCCUGGUGGAGUUUAUCAGGACUGGUUCGCCUAGAAACAGAGAGAACGCAGCUGCGGUUCUAGUUCACCUCAGUUCUGGUGACAACCCACAACAUCUGGUGGAAGCUCAGAAACUCGGACUUAUGGGUCCAUUGAUAGAUUUAGCAGGAAACGGAACAGAUAGAGGGAAAAGAAAAGCAGCUCAGUUGCUUGAACGUAUAAGCCGUCUAGCUGAACAGCAGAAGGAGACGGCUGUUCAGGAACAAACUAAAGAAGAAGAUGAACCAACACAUUCAACAUCCACCACAGAAGCUGCUGCGACUUGAUUAAAAGCUACUAAAGGUCAUUUCUCCCACGUACGUCUGUUAUUAUUCCAACUUUCUUUUUCUUUUAUUAUUCUCCUUCGAGGUAAGCUUCACCGUAGACGGCAGAAGCAGAAGAUGGCCUCCUUGUUGUACUCUGUUUAAAACUUUACGGUGAUACCUCUGCAAGGACGGAGCAAUCCGGACCUGAGGAGAGAAAAGCAAAUAUGCAUACAUAGACGUCAACUUGUAUCAUUGUAAACUUUAAUGUUUGUAAUCAAAUUCCACAAGCCUUAUUUUUUCUUUUGUUUUGUGUUGGUUUUAAUACAAGAUCUCUGUUCACUU